AUGCCAAUUAUAAUCGCUGUGGUAUCAGAAGCAUACAGUUACCACCAGCUCCUCUCUCACAACUCUCAUGAAGCUGAGAGCCAAGAUCAGAGAGGAGACAAACAUGGAGACUCAGGGUCGACUAGAAAUACAGAACCAAACCCAGAGAGGAGACGUCACGUUAUUCCUCCACAUGAGGAAAGAGACCACAGUGAAGAUCAGACUCUGAACUUCAGUCCUGAUGACACUCCAAGUGCAGCAAACGAAGAGUCUGUAGGGGACAUGCCAGUUAUAAGCUCUGUGGUAUCAGAAGAACACAGUUACCAACAGCUCCUCUCUCACAACUCUCCUGAAGCUGAGAGCCAAGAUCAGAGAGGAGACAAACAUGGAGACUCGGGAUCGACUGGACAUACAGAACCAAACCCAAAGAAAAUACGUCACAUGACUCCUACUCAUGAGGAAAGAGACCACAGUGAAGAUCAGACUCUAAACUUCAAUCCUGAUGACACUCCAAGUGCAGCAGACAAAGAGUCUGUCGUCAACACACCAGUUAUAAGCUCUGUGGUAUUAGAAGAACACAGUUACCACCACCUCCUCUCUCACAACUCUCCUGAAGCUGAGAGCCAAGAUCAGAGAGGAGACAAACAUGGAGACUCGGGAUCAACUAGAAAUGCAGAACCAAAACGUAAGAGGAGACGUCACAAAAGCAGAAGUCACAGUAACUAUGUGAACAACCCUCUCUUGCCAGAGAUUCACUGGAGUUCUCACACAGAGUUCCUAUUGCUACAUGUCUGUAAGGAGGAGGAGGUUCUCUCUGAGCAGCAGCUCUGUAUUCAGGAGAGGAACUCCAGUGUGGACCAAGAGGAGCCAGAGCCUCCACAGAUUAAAGAGGAAGAGGAGGAACUCUGCAGCAGUCAGGAGGGAGAGCAGCUUGUACUGAAGCAGGAGACUGAUGCCUCCAUGUUGACUCCUACUCAUGAGGAAAGAGACCACAGUGAAGAUCAGACUCUCAACUUCAGUCCUGAUGACACUUUUACAGCAGAGAAGGAGUUUGAGGUCAGCACACCAGUUAUAAGCUCUGUGAUAUUAGAAGAACACAAUUACCACCAGCUCCUCUCUCACAACUUUCAUGAACUUCCAGAGAUUCACCGUAAUACUCAAACAGUGACCAUGCCAGCUGGCGGGACUGCGGCUGAACCGCUUCCAGGUGCUCCAUCUGAACAUACAGUCCCGAGCACGUGUGAGCAGGGGAGAGAUGGGACCCCUUGGAGAAGUAUCCAGCCUGGAGGACACUCGGGGAGACAACAGUCCCAAAAUGUCCUCACAGAAACCACGGGACCCACAGCGCACGCUAAGCGCAAUAUUGAAGACGCACUUAGCGCUUUCACGUGCUUGCUGGACAGAAACAUGCUGCGGCACAUACAGGACUGCACGGUAGCGGAGGCGCACCGUAUGGAGGAGGACAGCUCAUGGGAUCUGUCCAUCGCUGAGCUGAAGGCCUUCAUCGCCCUGUUGUAUGUCAGAGGCGCAUACAACAGAAACAUUGAGAUGGAGAGCUUCUGGUCCGAGGAAUGGGGGCUGGCUUUCUUCGCGGCCACGAUGCCAAGAAACCGCUUCAGGGACAUCAUGCGCUACCUGCGCUUUGACAUGAAGUACAGACAGACGUGCCCGCCUGAGCAACGACAAAUUUGCUCUCAUGUCCGAUGUGUGGGGUGCCUUUAUUAAAAAUUGCAUUGCCUGCUACAAACCUGGAGCAUGCAUCACUGUGGACGAGCAGCUGUUCCCCACCAAAGCCAGGUGCCCCUUCACGCAAUACAUGGCUAAUAAGCCUGAUAAAUUUGGGAUCAAGUUCUGGUUGGCUGCAGAUGUGGAGACUAAGUAUCUGCUGAACGGCUUGCCGUACCUCGGCAAGGACACCACCAGACCAGCUCAGCAACGUCUGGGGGAGAGCGUGGUGAUGAAGCUGAUGGAGCCGUACGUGGGAAAAGGGCGAAAUGUCACCACGGACAAUUUUUUCACGUCCCUCAGCCUGGCAAAAAACCUGCUGCAAAAAAACACCAGUCUUGUUGGCACAGUCAACAAGAGCAGAAUGGAGCUGCCACCUUCAGUCCAGGAGAAGAGAGGGGAGCUGUUCUCCACCAAGGUGCUGCAGCACGAGCGAGCCACCCUCACCAUUUAUCAGGGGAAAAAAGAAAAAGCGUUGCUCUCCUCAGCACAAUGCACCCGACCGUCUCCAUUGGGGGUGACAAGAAGAGGAAGCCAGAGACGGUCACCUUUUACAACGCCACAAAGGUCGGGGUUGAUGUGCUGGACAGGAUGGCUCGCCAGUACAGUGUAAAAGGUGCAACUCGAAGGUGGCCUGUCGCAGUCUUCUGCAACCUACUGGACCUGGCUGGCAUAAACGCCCAUGUCCUGUUCAAGGCGUGCACCUCAACCGCCAUCCCCAGAAGUGCCUUCAUUUUGCAGUUGGCGGGGGAACUGAGAGAGGAGCACAUGCGUGUCAAGGCCAGCUUGACUGCAGUUCCCAGGGCGCCGCAGCAGCAGCCACAAGGGGCAAAAAGGAGGCAGUGUCAGAUCAACAGCCACUGCAAACAAAAUAAGACCCUUCGGUCCUGCCAGGGAUGCAAGCGCCUUGUGCACUGCAAGGGUUGACAGCUUUUGCCCAGGGUGUCCGCCUCAUUAGAUGCCGCUCGUGCUCAUUGUGUGUUCGCCAAUGCUUCCGUCAUGUUCUGAGUUCUCUUUGUUAUCUUUGUACAUAGUUCCAUAGUUUGACAGCGCCCAUAUUGCCUUAUUGUUGUUGUUGUUGUUUUCCAAUUGUGUUUUCAUCCCUAAUUAAUGUUCAUUCAUUCAUUCAAUCACGUGUUUAGUGUGUGUGUGUGUGUGUGU